CAUUUUUCUGUGUACCAUCUCUAGCCAGGGCCAAAAACAUUCCAAUUUCUCUGCUGCGAUUUCACUUUCACAAAACAAAUUAAGGCUGCGCUGCGCAAGCAACCGCUGCUCAAUGGACCUUAUCAAUUAUUAAAUCGAACCAACCGAUAAUGGCGCUGAUAAGCCUACGGCACUAAGCCAAAAAACCUCGACGAGCAGCUACUACCAGCUGUUUAACAUAACAAAUAGUUCAAAUAAAUCGUAAGGAAGGCCCUAAAGCCAACUGGUUCAUGAUGGACCUGAUGCACCGCGCACUGCUCACAGCAUUUGGUGCAUUGUCUGUGUUCUACGCCGUGGUUAAAAUCAGCCUAGGCUACUGGAAGCGACGGGGGAUCCUGCACGAAAAACCCAAGUUCUUUUGGGGCAACAUAAAGGGCGUGGUGAGCGGAAAGCGGCAUGCCCAGGACGCCUUGCAGACCAUCUAUACCGAAUACAAAGGCAAAGCUCCCUUUGUAGGCUUUUACGCCUGCCUAAAGCCCUUCAUCUUGGUGCUUGACCUGAAGCUUGUGCACCAAAUUAUCUUCACCGAUGCAGGACACUUUACUUCACGUGGUCUCUACAGUAAUCCCAGCGGAGAGCCGUUGUCGGCUAAUCUCCUUCAACUGGAUGGUCAUAAAUGGCGCUCACUGCACGCCAAAUCGGCAGAGGUUUUCACACCGGCUAACAUGCAGAAGCUAUUACCAAGGCUGGCGCAAAUCUCCACCAGAAUUCAAAGUGACUUGGACAAGGCAAACCUGCAAUCCUGCAACAUUAGCGAAUUGGUUGGCGCCUACAACACAGACGUAAUGGCCUCAAUGGCCUUUGGAUUGGGUGGCCAGCAUCACCAGGAGUUUGCCAAGUGGACGCGCAAUUACUGGGCGGACUUUAGGCUGUGGAGAGCUUACUUGGCGCUAGAGUUUCCGUUUAUCGCUCGGCUUCUGCAAUACAAAAGCUACGCGGAGCCAGCUACGGCUUACUUUCAAAAGGUAGCUCUGGCUCAGAUACAAGAGAACCGAAGGAGAGAUCGCCAGCCUUUGCAGUCGUUCUUGCAGCUUUAUUGCAACGCAGCCCAUCCGCUUGGAGAUGACAAGGUUGCGGCCCAGGCAUUUGGCUUUCUGCAGGCCGGCUUAGGCCCUCUAAAUGCUACACUGGGAUUCUGUCUCUAUGAGUUGGCCCGCCAUCCAGAGUUGCAGGAUCGAACAAGGCUCGAGAUUAAAAAGACGCUGGAGCAGCACGGCGACCUAGUGACGCCGGAGUUCCUAAGGGAGCUGAGGUUUACGAAGCAGGUCCUAAAUGAAACGCUUCGUUUGCACACGCCACAUCCCUUCCUGCUGCGCCGUGCUACCAAAGAAUUCGAGCUGCCCGGAUCCGUGUUUGUCAUCGCCAGGGGCAACAAUGUACUGAUUCCCACGGCAGCUAUACACAGAGAUCCAGAGAUAUAUCCGGAUCCCGAGCGGUUCGAUCCAAAUCGGUUCGAGGAGGAGACCAAACGAUCCCGUCCGCCAGCUGCCUUCCUGCCCUUCGGCGAUGGCUUGCGAGGAUGCAUCGCCGCUCGCUUCGCAGAGCAGCAGCUACUAGUGGGUCUCGUGGCUCUGUUGAAGAACCACAGAUAUGCUCCUUGUGUGGAGACCACCAUUCCUGUGGAGUACGACAACCGGAGGCUGCUUCUAAUGCCCAAAUCGGACAUUAAGCUCAGUGUGGAACGGGUGGAAUAGCUUUAGAGGUGCUCCCUGAUAGAGUACCACAUAUUUUGUAUUGAUUGCUUUGGUAUUGCUUUACUGUACAAAGCGUUGUUUUUAUAUUUGUAUAUGCACUUUUUUCGUUGAUUUCCUUAAGCUGUGGACUUGUGUGAUAAUGCUGACGAUGACUUUAUAAUCUACUGCACCAAGCUCAACAACGUGAACAAAUAAAUACCUUAAUUGUUAUAUGAUA